CUCGGUUUUCCUCAGCACCUCUGCUGAUUGGCAGCGGCAAUGGGGAUGAAGGAAGAAGAACCCGAUUACCAGAAGCAGUUUGACGCUGCUGUCCGUGUCAUUCAAGGCUUGCCCAAAAAUGGUUCCUACAGACCAUCCUACGAAGAAAUGCUGCGCUUCUACAGCUACUACAAGCAAGCCACGGUGGGUCGGUGCCAGAUCCCCAGGCCGGGGUUUUGGGACCCUAUUGGCAGAUAUAAAUGGGAUGCAUGGAACAGCUUGGGGAAGAUGACCAAAAUGGAAGCCAUGGCAGCUUAUAUCGCCGAGAUGAAGAAGGCUGCUCAGAAGGUCAUCAACACCGUGCCGUUGGAUGAGUCGUCGGAGGACAUGUUUGUAUACUUUGAACCCCUCUACGAAGUGAUACACGAUAUGCCCAGGCCCCCUGACUCCUUCUUCAAGAAGAAAACAGUGAAAACGGGCUCAGAGUUUGCCGUGCUCCACAACGGCUCUUUAAGGGGACCGGCCGAGAACAUCCCACCAGAACACGGAGAGUGCAAUCAAACAGGCUAUGCAGACAAAGAAAGCAAGAGCAUCCAUGUGCCCAGCGAUUCGGAGAGCGAGGUCUUCUUUGACAGCCUGGAACCCGGGGAACCCAAUGAGGAUAGGAGGCUAUCAGCCAUGCCAAACCUCCCCCUGAACAAUAUUCAGAGUGGAGAGAAGACUGGAUAUAAGACUUCAGCAUCUCCAACCAGGGAAGGGAAACCCAACAAAGAGAGGGGUCUCGGCAGCAGUGCAGGUGCCGUGAUCCAGCAAGACCUUGACCUGCAGGUGAUGAGCGCCAUUCAAGCUUUGCAGGAGGACAUGAAGAAAGUGAUGGAGAGACUCGGCUACCUGGAAUCCCAGGCAGCUUUCCAGGGCCACACGUCGAUGCUGAAUCCUUGUCGGCCAACCUCCUCGCACAACAGAAAGGAACCGCCAGGUUGGCCCUCACAGCUGUCUCCUCGCACCUGGUUUUUCCUGCUGGCUUGGCCUUUCAUCAUCCAAUGGCUGCAUUGGUAUUUUCAGAGGAAGAAGAGGUGAAUUGCGCAAAGACAUCAAACCCCCUUGGAAAAAGCAAAAGAAGCCCUGGCACUUUUGAACUCUGAACAUUCGACGCUUGCCAACUUUUCCAGCCUAGCAGGGAUGGGCACGCCUUGAAGGGUUUUUGCCUAACCCCAAUGCUGCAAUCUUGGGAUACGGGUGGGUGGUCAGUGGAUGGGGAAAGAUAUUUAAUCAAAUUUGGGUGGUGCUAACCAGUACGCUUUUUGGGGGGGGGAGGCAGGUAGCGCUGUAGGUUAAACCACAGAGCCUAGGACUUACCGAUCAGAAGGUCGGCAGUUCGAAUCCCCG